CAUCGCCUCGUAAGCACCGGCCUCGCUCAGCCGGAGAAAACAAACUGCGUGGAGAAGCAGCAUGAGACCUGGGGGAGUCCGCCAGCGCUUACAACUGUUCCCAGGAGCACUGGAGUGAAUUUAUCAGCUGUCAGAGGUUGGUGUGAAUCAUCCAGCAUGACUAAGACCCCCCCUCACCGACGAGGGAUCACGUUUGAGGUGGGGGCACCGUUGGAGGCUCGGGACAGCCUGAAGAACUGGUACGCUGCCAGCAUAGAGAAGAUUGACUACGAGGACGAGAAGGUCCUGAUCCACUACCGGCAGUGGAGUCAUCGCUAUGACGAGUGGUUUGACUGGAGCAGUCCGUAUCUGAGGCCUGUGGAACGCAUCCAGCUCCGACGGCAGGGCCUCCAGGAGCACAACGCGGCCCCGGAGUUUCAUGUCAAUCAAAAAGUGCUAGCCAGCUGGUCAGACUGCCGCUACUACCCUGCUAAGAUCCUGUCCCGUGAUAAAGACGAUUCUUAUACAGUGAAGUUUUUUGAUGGUGUUGUCAAGUCCUUGAAGGGAAUAAAGAUCAAGCCGUUCAGAAAGGAGAACUCCAACAGCAAGUCUACACCACCAAGCCGAAAGCGGGCCGGCCCACCCGGAAAAGACUGGAGGGCCAAAGAGAACGGCACAGGCAGGAGCAACGGCGCCCGGCACAGCACUUCCGACCACGACAGGGACAGCGACUCUGAGGAGGAGAACAGCAGGGUGACGGAGGAAGCGGUCCAACAAGCUGUUGACCGGCAGCCCAACAAUCUGCAGAACGGCACGGUGGACGAGAACAAAGCGUCAGAGAGGGUGAACGGGUCCGCGGAGCCGGAGGAGAAGCCGUCCGGUGGGGAUUCAGGAGAGACUGAAGCUCUGGAGGAUGGAGAAGAGGAGACGAGGGAAGUGAACGGAGUGACCGAGGAGGAGAAAGAAGGAGCUCUUCAGAAUGGAACUCACGAGAGCAACGAGGAGAAACAGGAGAGAGACGAAACGUCAGAGGCGAGCCAGGAGGACAAGAGUCCCAACCCGGCCAGGAGGACAAGGGCCAAGACAGUUGAAGGCAAAGACGCUGAAAGACCCAGCGUGCCAGAACUAAGGAAGAGACGCGCGUCCACAGGACAGACGCCUCCGUCCAAGAGGAGCAGAGCCAACUCGAGUACAGACAGAACCAAUCGAUCCCAGAUCCUGCCUGCCAAGUCGGAUUCCGUCCAGAAAAGCUCUGAAGAUAAGGAUGGCCACAAUCAACCCGGUCAUCCAGAGAACUCUAAACCUACAGCACAGACAGGACCUACAGCUGAUCUUGCAACUCUGCUCCAGCGGCAGGUCCACCUUCCAACCACAAACAAGUACAGCAGGGAACCAUUGUACAGGGUCAUCAAAAACCAGCCUCCACCCAUCCUCUCCAUCGAGCUGGACCAUAACCCGUUUAAGUGCCAGGUCCCUGGCUGCACCAAGUCCUUCCGCAAGGCCUCUCUCCUGCACUACCACAUGAAGUACUACCACUCGCAGAGCGACCUGAGCCCCACACGCAGCGCCCAGACGCGAACGUCUGACCGGCAGCCCCACGGCCAGGAGACCCCUCGUAGACGCCGCACCGUUUCUGCAUCACUAGACACUCCAUCCCCGCUGAGUGACAGCAAGUCUGGCCACACUCCAUCGCCCCCUACUGCCAACGGCGUGCAUCGUCAGCGCAGCUCCUCCCACUGCGAGAGAAGCAAAGAGAACCUGCACGCCAACCGCUCACUCCAUGACGACAGAGACUGGGUUGCCAUGGAAACAGAAAGAGAGAAGCGGCGAGAGAAGAGACAAAGGGACUUCUUCUGCAUCAAGUCGAAGAAAAAGAAGAAGAAGAAAAAGAAGUCCAAAUCAGGUGAAGACAGUGGCAGCGACUGGUCCACAGACAGCCCUCUGUGGAGCGAGGAGGAGUCGGAGGCGGGGCUAGAGCUGAGCACGCCCAUCUCCGAGCAGGGGGCGGAGACGGUGACCCAUGACGCAGAGAUCGUUCGUUGUGUGUGUGAGGUGCAAGAAGAGAACGACUUCAUGAUCCAGUGUGACGAGUGUCUCUGCUGGCAGCACGGCACAUGCAUGGGCCUUUACGAGGACAGUGUGCCUGACUCCUACAGCUGCUACAUCUGCAGGGACCCUCCAGCUCAGAGACAGAGUCAGCGCUUCUGGUACGACAAAGACUGGCUGAGCAGCGGCCACAUGUACGGACUGUCCUUCCUGGAAGAGAACUACUCUCACCAGAACAGUAAGAAAAUGGCUGCCACACACCAGCUCCUGGGCGACGUGCACCGCGUGUUCGAGGUGCUCAACGGCCUCCAGCUCAAGAUGAGCAUUUUACAAGCGCAGGCCCACCCAGACUUGAAGUUGUGGCGGCAGCCCUGGAGGUCCAACGAUGGCGUGCGCAGGAAAUGGGCGGGUGACUAUGGCAUGGCCACGCCCUCCCCCUCCUCCCCUCAUACUGCGGAGCUCAAGGACGAUGAGCCUGAAGCACCUGCGCCAGCGGGGCCCCCCUUCUCCUUCCACACCUCCUACAUUAGCAGUGAGCACUGCUACCAGAAACCACGUACGUACUACCCGGUGCUGGAGCGGCGGCUGGUGGUGGAGACGCGCGGUGGCUCGGAGCUGGAGCACAGCCUGCGCAGCAGCGAGGACCUGCUGGAGCUGGCCGAGCACCGCUACGGCGCCCCACUGGAGUACGAGCAAUGCAAAUUGCAGCUGGCUGACCGCACCGCCGCCAACGCUAAGGAGCUGGAGUGUCGCAUGAAGCUGCUGGCGGCUGCUGAGAGAGAAAAGAGCUGUGUGGUCGAGGUGAAGGAGGAGGAGGAGCCUGACCCGGUCACCUGUGAUCCCAAGCCUGAUCCCGAUCUCCUGCUGCACCAGCAGUGGCAGCUGAACCUGCUGGAGCACAUUGAAGCUGUGCAGGACGAAGUCAGCCACAGGAUGGACCUCAUAGAGAGGGAGCUGGAUGUUUUGGAAAGCUGGCUGGACUACACAGGUGAGCUGGAGCCCCCAGAUCCUCUUGCCCGUCUGCCCCAGCUGAAACACCGCAUCAGACAACUACUGACAGACUUGGGAACGGUCCAGCAGAUCGCACUCUGCUCCUCGUCCACAUGAGGGCACCAGAUCACACAGCUCUCCACGCAACGGGAGGGCUGGACAUAGAGAGACUCGAAGCAAAUUGAACUGAACAGAUACUGUACUGGUAUUGGUGAGGCACAGUUGGCCAACAUGAUGCUCUUAUUGUGACCGCAGAUCCCAUGAACCAGUCCUCCGGAGGAAACUCCAGGCCAGACUAAUCAAGCCAUGACGGAAAGGCAGAGAGAAAGUUACUUGAAAGCUUCAUAGGUUUAGAGAUUUGAAUGUAUUUGAGGGUUGUGUUCCAUAUUCAGGCACCAAUUACUCACUUAGUUUAGUAUUUCUUGCUUUUUGGAGAAGAACGCAUCUUAAAACGGGGGCUAAUGACAUUAUGACAUUAAAUGCAAGGGUUUUUUUUUUUAUUUGGCACUUACAGUUAUCAGCGUAUACAGUUCUGUUUGGUUGGUUGAAUUUCUCCAUCUACUUUGCUGACAUUAUGCAAAAUGACCUUGUUGAUGUUCAUCUAACUCUUCAGAAUGGGGUUUGAAAUCCUGAGGAUACUGUGGCUCCAGACAAAGAGAGUUUGAGGCAGUGACGAUGGUUUUGUAGCCGUUUAAAAAAAAAAAUACACAUGAAAAUGUUAAUAUGAAAAUAUAUUUUAAUCUGAAAAGUAAUUGCAUCUUACUUCUAUAUUUGUACUAAAUAGACAAUGUAAAUUGCCUAGCGUGUCAUCUUUAAUCCAUGUUCCAGACCGUUUUCGCUUGUUAUUUUUUUUUUUUGCUAUUUGAUCUAAACUGCAAUGUUAUUAACUGUGACUAUGAGUCUGCAUUCAUAUUAAUAGUGAUAGACGAUUUAUCCUUAAUCUCUUGUGAAUACUGUAGUACCGUCGUUCCUUUCGUGUCCUUUUCGCCCCGAUUUUGACAAGAAUUGUUGUUUCUUGUGUUUCCUGUGAAUGCAAAUAUUUUUACUGGUGUAUUUAACAAGCACAAAAGGUUUUGAGAUUUUUCAUAUUACAUUAUUAAGAAUGUUUAAUGUUCUUUUUUCCCUGUUAUAGACACUUAAAACUUCGUGUUGUCGUUUCUGU